CAAGGAUUCUUGUUUUCAUUUUUGUUCAGGUGGGGUAGAAAUAAAAGUGCUAUGAAAAAAACCAAGUACUUAUGAAGAUUUUCAGCUUUGACCGACGUUUCUCUGCUCCCGGUGAUAAAGGUUUUUUCAUUGAAUUUUUUUGUGGCCCCACAAGAGUUCCUAUUUGUUUACACUUUACUGCGUUAUUCAAUUUCGUUUUCGUUGUCGCUAGUUUCCUGACAGAAAUGAAAUCGGCGUCCGCGGAAUCUGCUGCUCCUCUUGGGGAGGAUGGAACUGAACUCACCUUCGAGUGCUCAUCGCGCGAUGUAGGACGAAUCAUAGGGACCAAGGGUACUAACAUUCGUGGUUUGGAGCAUGGUGCUCAUCCUUGCCGCAUCAAGACACCAGCCAAGAAUGAGCAAAGCGGUGGCGAUCAGAAUGGUGGCGCGUUGAUGGUUGUAUUAUGAUGACAUGCAUUGUAUACCUGUCCUGUGAAUUAAGUAUUUUUAACAAGAAGUUUAAGUUUUCGUUAUAAAUGUUGGAACUGCUUCGUCUUGCUGGUAGACUAGUAGAGCUGCGUGAGACGUCGACAUGAUGAGAAUUCACGACGAAGCAUUAUCCGCCCCCUUUCUUUUCUAACCACUGUCCGCAUCACGGGUGGCACUCGCGAAUUGCGUCAGCGCUGCAAAGAGGCGAUAGAUGCAGUACUGAUGGGUUCUGACCCAAGCGACGUUUACGCGGAGAUGGACGGUGCAGCCGUGAUGCGCAAUCUCGAUCCUGUUGUCCUAAAUUUUCUCGGAAAGCGCAAGAAAGACUUGGAGAGAAAACAUAAAGUGCGUUUAGAACUAGAAGCGAAGUCGCUGCGCAUAUGGAGUACAGGCCAAGGUGGAGGAGGGAGCAGCAGCAGUAGCAGCAAAAGGGGAGCAGAUCGAGCGGGAGAUCCUUAUGAGAGUCCGUCCAGUUGUUGUUCUUGAAAGUUGCUCCUCCUGAAGUAAGUGUCUCGAAGAUCGGUCCUCAAAAUCGUUUGACUAUUUAUCUUCAUUAGUUCUAAAGGUUUUGUCUACCAAGGUUCGCUACUGCUCGACCCACUUUAUUUCCUCGACUUCGUAAUCACGUGGCAUUCAUCAAACUACUGUUAAUUUCUUGCAAAGCUUUAAUACCGAAAAUCCGUGAUGUCCGAAGAGGUCGAGGCGGCAAAAGCCGCGAUAGAGCAUGAAAUUGACGAGCUCCAGACGUCCGAUACCAUUGUAGUACGAGUACCGGCCGACCGCGUGGGAAGUAUCAUCAACCACACCUCACUACGACAGCUCCAGGACAGUAGCCACAUCCAGUGCAUGGUCACGAAAGAUGAUCAGGGCACAGGCAUACGGCUGGUAGGCUUGAAGGGCGCGAUUGAGGAAGGUACUGACUCUUCGGGAUAGUGGUGACUCCUCAUAGAUGGUCCUGAUGGGACGGAUUCAACAAAGCAGGUUCUUUAGGUUGAGUAGUCGAGGAUAAAAUUUGUGGUGGUACUUCUUCCUUGUGUAUUUACACGUGUGUUAUAUGAGUACAGUGCUACUAGAAGAGCUCGGGCAGAAGUUUAACCCCUCUACCGACAACAACAAGGUCGCAGUUGUAUCGAGAAGUUGAUGGGCGGAGAAGGUGCCGACUUUUUGUCCUUUUUUCCUGGCUUAUUGUCGAAGAUGUCCAAGCAGGCGGACGGGGACUUUAGACGUGAUGUGCGUAGCAUGGCUGAAUGGUGCCAAGUAGCAGUAGACAUUGAGCCGUCGAGAUUAACGUUUGCCGGUAGCUCCGAGAAUGUAGACUACGCAAAGCGAGAGGGCAUGAAAAUACUGGGUUACUACUUUUAUGGGAUGCAAAAAACAACAAAAAUGUUCACAGUAUUUUAGCUUGUAGGUACUCGUAUUUUUUAUUGCAGCGAGCAAGUACUAGAGUGAUACAGCUAGAACCAUAACCGUCUGUCAUCUUUCUCCUGUCUGAUUUCUAAGUUUGUCCGCAAAAUUGUUGCCGAGUGGAUUUAGAGUACGAUAGUGUCGACUACAUAGCCGGUGAAGACGACCGGAAUUUGAUGAGGCUGCAGCAGAUGGGCGCAUCUGUCGCCUUAGACCGCACGGCCUGUUAUGUCUGGGUAACCGCAUUACUACCCAGAAAUGUCGAUGCAGUACGAAAACGUGUAGAGGACUUGCAAACAGCAUGGGGAGAACUGUUUCAGGUACCACAAAAACGGUGUACUGAGUAUAUAUAGAAGAUGAGUCUCGUUAAAUGCUGUAUGCGAGCUUGUGCCACUGAUGCCAGUCGGUUAAUUAGCGUGUCGAGUAUCACCAAAGCCAAACGAAUAAAUGGGUUUUGCACGUCCGACACCUACAACGUAUCUCAAUAUACUAGGUUGUCACUGUACGCGAUCGGGGUGACAUUUCGAAGAUCCUUGGCAACCAGGGUGCAAUCGCCAGGCAAAUCCAAGAUGAAACUGGUGCAAAGCUUGAGGUGGAUAGGCGCGAGCUGAAAAUCAGAAUAACUGGCAACACGAAAGAGUCUGUGCAAAAGGCGAGAAGUCAAGUUUUGGCGAAGCUAGGCGCUGGAGGUGGAGGUAGACGCCGUGGCGCUGAUAAUGUUAUGAAUCGUUCGAAAUUUUUGGUAGACAAAUACAAAAUUCUCGUGAAGAUUCUGUUUCAUUCUUCACAUUCUUUCACCUAGAAGAUUACUAUGGUCGAUUCUAAUAUCCAUGCUUCUUGGGGAGGUGCCUGGCCGACGGAAGGUGCGACGUCUUUAAAGCCCGACGAUGAUGAUGACGGAUGGGGAGCGGGACCGCCAAAGAAUCAGACGCUCAGUAACAUAAAGCGUGGUAAGAAAGGACCAUCGGCUUGGGGAUGAUGCGAGCAGUCUGAUUAGUUGUAUCUUCAUCUGGUCGUUACAGACUUUGAAUUUUGAAAUAGCGCUUUUUGCCGUCUCCCACAGAGAAAAGACGUACUGACCCCGACCCACAGAGGAUGCAGCGGCGCCUGCUGUAGACCAGAAAUAUGUUUGUCAUCCGCGAGAAGUCGUUUUUCAAUUCCACGCAAAAGAAGAUGAUUUUUCUAGACUCUGGCAAGAGCCUCUGACGAACAUUUUCGGGCUCUUGAGUGGCUUCCUGUCGAUUGUCCGAUCCCUUUUUCC